GUACCUCCGCAGGGGGCGGCCGCCCCGGCGCCCAGCACGCCCCCAAAGAGCGACCGGGAGCAGGAGAUCCAGCGGCGCCUGGCUGAGUUCCACACAGCCCUGCAGGAGGCCGAGCGCGCCUUCCGGCACCUGGAGGACCUGCAGGAUGCCUUUGACUUCUGCUACAAGGUGCACUACCUGCCAGGCCAGGACCAGACUAACGACCCCGAGUACACCCGGCAGGUCCAAUCCCUCCAGGCCAAGCUGCAGAACCUGGACCGGCAGCGGCGGGAGGUGGUGGCGCAGAUGCAGCAGCUCCUGGGGCGCAGCGAGACCCUGCGGGACUUCCUGCAGCAGGAGCUGAAGGCCUGGCAGGAGCGGCAGCAGCGCGGCUGCCUGGGGGCCCCUGUGGACACCCGCCUGCACCAGCUGGAGGCCUGGUUCACGGCGCUGGGCGAGGGGCUCUUCCAGCUGCUGCAGCUGCUGCGGGCGCUGGGGGAGCUGCAGCAGAAGGUGACCUACGAGCGGGACCCGCUGCAGGCAGAGACCCCCCUCCUGGAGACGCGGCUGCGGGAGCAGCUCACCUGCCUGCUGCAGAGCGCCUUCGUGGUGGAGCAGCAGCCCAGCAUGCCCAACACGCCCAAGCGGCCGCUGGUGCUGCGCACGGCCAGCAAGUUCUGCACCCGCGCCCGCCUGCUGGUCCGCCUGCACGACCGCAACCACCGCAUGGAGGCCACGAUCCACAUCGACAGGGACCCCCCGAAGACACGAGGGUUUCGCAAGUUCAACAUCCUGACUUCGAGCAGCAAAACCCUCCUGGCCGGCGACAGCCCCCGGGAGGGGCUGAUCUGCGACUUCCAGUACCUUACACUGAAGGAGCAGAAGAUCAGCGGGUCGGGCAAGGGCAGCAAAGGCUCCAAUGAGGGUCCCCUGGCCGUGACGGAGGAGCUGCAUCUCAUCACCUUCACGUUGGCGUAUGCGUACUGCGGGCUGGAGAUGCAGCUGGAGACCUCCACCCUGCCCUUUGUCAUCAUCUCCAACAGCAACAACCAGCUCUCCAGCGCCUGGGCCUCCAUCCUCUGGUUCAACAUGCUCAGCCCCAACCCCAAGGACCAGCAGUUCUUCGCCACGCCGCCCCCAGCGCCCUGGCCCCGGCUGGCCGAGGUGCUGAGCUGGCAGUUCGAGAGCGUGGCCGAGCGGGGCCUGAGCCGGGAGCAUCUCCACAUGCUGGCCGAGAAGCUGCUCGGCUCGAAGCCGACUCCGGAGAGCGUCCUGUCCUGGUCCAAGUUCUCCAAGGACGGCGCCGCCGGCUUCUCCUUCUGGGCCUGGCUGGACGGGAUCCUGGGCCUGCUCCAGGAGCACCUCAAGAAGCUCUGGAAGGACGGCCUCAUCCUGGGCUUCGUGAGCCACAAGCAAGAGAAGAAGCUGCUGAAGGGGAAGCGGACGGGGACGUUCCUGAUUCGGUUCAGCGAGAGCGUCCUGGGGGGGGUCACCUUCACCUGGGUGGAGCAUCCCGAGAGCGGGCGUCCUGCCUUCCGGGCCGUGGUUCCCUACACCACGGUCGAGCUGGCUUCCCUGGCGCUGCCCGACAUCAUCUGCGACUACCAGCUGCUGGCCGAGGAGAACAUCCCCGAGAACCCGCUCCUGUUCCUGUACCCCGACACCCCCCGUGACGAAGCCUUCGGUCCCUACUACAGCCAGCGGCAGGAGGGGAGCCUGACGGAGAAGAAGGAAUACCUGAACCAGCGCCUCAUCCGCGUGUCCUCCAGGCAGGCCAACGAGUCGUGGCAGACAGAAGAGGAGUUGGUAGUUGCCACAGAAAACCUGGAGACGCUGCAGCUGCAGCCCAGUGGGCUGGGAUCGCUGCAGCCCACAAGCCCAGGGACGGUGCCGGUGGUGGCCGGGAGCCCAGCAACACUGCAGCCCGUGAGCCCAGGGGUGCUGCAGGUGGUGGCCGGGAGCCCGGGGACCCAGCACCCCAGGGGACCAGCAACACUGCAGCCAGGGUCCCGGGGCCCAGAGACACCACCGCUGGUGCAUGUGGGCCCAGGGGGCUUGGAGAUGCUGCAGGCAGGGAGCAGGGUGCGGGAGCCGCAGCUGGUGCUGCAGCUCAUCCCCGAGGGCCAGGGGACGCUGCAGGUGGGUCCGGGGGGCUUGGGGACGCUGCUGGUGCCGCCCGGGGGUACAGGGAUGCUGCAGCAAGGGGGUGCCGGGGACCAAGGGACGCAGCAAGUGGCAGCCGGGGCCAUGGAGCCGCAGAUGCUGUUGCAGUUCAUCCCUGAGGGCCAGGGGAUGCUGCAGGUGGGAGCAGGGGACUUGGAGACGCUGCAGGUGCUGCCCGGGGUGGUGGGGACGCUGCAGUCAGCGCCCGGGGCCACGGGGGUGCUGCAACAAGUGGGAGCUGGGGACCAGGGGCUGCUGCAGCCAGGCCCUGGCGCUGCAGAGCCACUGCCAGUCGCAGACGAUCAGAGGCUGCUGCCAGCGGGGCUGGAGGACCUGGGGCCGGUGCUUCAGGGCCAGGACAUGCAGGAGCUGCUGCAGCUCCUGGAGAAAGACCUGGAGCCGGGCACGGGGACGCUCGAGACGCUGGAGGCAGCGGAGCUGAUGCCCAACAUGGACAGCGGGCUGGGGCAGAUGGACGCCAGGCUGGAGGGCAACGCCGCGCUCCUGGACCCCCGCGACCCCUUCCUGCCACAGCCCGAGGACACAGCCCUGCCUGCCGCCAGCUCCCUCUUUGCCAUGGACUCUGACUUUCCCCCGCUCCACAUCGAUGCCAGUGAUUUCCAGUGACUUCCCCCCCCUCCCCGACAGUUCCCCCUGUAAAUAAACCCUUUCCCCCCCCCAACUGCCCCUGGUGCUUCGU